AUGAACAAGACGUGUUUAUUGAGCAACAUGAGCAGAGCAGGAACAGCACCAAGUGCUCGCUCCCUCGAAAAUGCCCUCGGCAUCCCGUGGUCGUUUGCGUUUCCUCGUGCUGGUCACCACAGCAAAUCAGCGCUUGUUUUACUACUCGCAGUGGCGCAUUCAUUUCUACCGGAGGUUCACCAGCUGGUAUUGUUGUUUCACCAACUACCAGAAACGUGCAAUUCCACCAAUUGCGACCUCGCCCAAGAUGAUGCUCCUCUGCAGUUUGGGAUCGUCCCCGUUGUCGUGAACGCAGAAUUUGUGAUGCAGAUGCAGCCAAGCGGCGCUGGAGGUGAAGCUGCCCCUGUGAGCAAGAUAAUUGCAGGAGCAGCAGCUGGUGCAACUAGAACGACGUCAAUUAGAGCUCCUUCACAGGCCGCGAGUAGUCGUAGUGCAGCUGCAGGUAAUUAUGGGUCGACGGUGAAAACCAUUCACGGGAGGCCUCAAAAAAACAGCAAAAGCAAUGGCAGCGCGGCGACUCGAACAGGACGAGGAGGACCACCACCAGCUGCAUCAAAGGCGGUUUUUGUUUGGCCAGAAGCUGCGUCACCACCAGGAGGCGGUUCUGCUCAGGGUGGAAGUUUCGUGCCCACUCCUCCAACUGAAGACACGAUAAUGGGCCAAAACAUGUUGAAGGAGCAACAGGAAUUAUUGUCGGAGAGAAGCAGCAGCAACAGUGAUAUUAGAGUCGCAGAUGAAGGAGGAGGAGGAGGAGCUGAUGCAGCCGGAUAUACUGGCAGUGACCACAACAGAGAUAAUUCUCGUCGUGUGUUGUUUCUGACUCCGAGUUUUGCGUCGCCGGAAGAAAACGAGUUAAGAGACGAGCAGAGUAGAAUAGGGAAACUUACUAAAACAGCGCCGGUUUCAUCUAGUAAUCGAGUGGCUACAACUCCACAAGGAGAAGGAGGAGGACCGCCAGAUCAGCACCAACAUCAGGGGGCCCGGCGCCCAGGAGCUCGAACGACAACAGAUGGAACGUCGUCCCGAUUGUCGGAUCAUGAAGCUGCGUUGUUUUCUCCUCCAAACCACGACUCUUCUUCUCUUGCUGCUGCUAGUAGUUCUAGUUCGUCUACAAGAAUAAGCUCUUCUACUCUACCCACUUAUUAUUCAUUUCCAGCAACAACUACGCGACAAAAUGAGGCACCCGUCAGCACAGCGACCCCGCCGUCGUGGUCGACCGACGAACUCACUGAUGGAAGUCAUGCUGCAAGAACGGCGAGUCAGGACCAGGAUGAAAAAAUGAAGAAAAUUAUCGAUGAGGAAAAUUUGUCAACGACGUUAACGUCUGUUUUUGUAGCUGGUGCACCUGGAGUGCCGGUCGUAGGAGGUAUAAUACCAAAAGCCCCUACGAAAGAUGCAGCAGUGCUUGGUUUCGAAAACUACUGCGAGAUCUUCUUCACCAACUUGGCCGCCUGUCUGCGGUGCUGUUUUUUCUUGUUUCUCUUCUUGAGUAUUGCCAACUACGCCUUUUUCGACGGACAGCUGAAGAAAGUGGUCCGGGAGAAAAUCGAAAAUGGGGUGGGUGUUCUGAAGAAAACCAUUGCGCCAUCGUGGGCCGCCGCAGCGCGAGGAACUCGAACUGCGAGGGCAGGUGAUGUGAAUAAAAGGUCAACAACUACUACAUCAAUCGGCAAGAUGAAAAACCACGUCGGAAAAAGCAGCAGUAGGAGAUCGAAUAAAUACAACAGAAGUCAUUUCUUGAAAAAAGGCACACUACAGCAAACCACCGUUCUUGAGCCCAUAGCAGAGCUGUCUUCAGAAGGCGGUGGGGCUGGUCUCAGUGGACCUGACGGCGAAUCGGGGCCACCUUCGGGUCGUACAACAACAACGAGCGCAGUUCUUGGGGACGGCAUGCGACGGAACCACAAGUUACAACUUCUACAAGGGACGUUCACUUCCAAUUCUGCAGCUGCAGGCGAGGAUGAAAAGGGCGGGAAACGACAGCAGUCGUCGUGGUGGUCUUUCGGAAAGAAGGUAUUGCCCUUGACAAGACACUUGCAGCUUAGUAGCAUGGUGGACGCGGUCUGACGAGGACGGAGGAGGAAUACUACACCGAUGUAAAAGAAGAUAUAUAAUUGUAUAAGCAAAAAUCAUGCCGCCACCACUCAACAUAUUGUUGGUGUGGUCAUGAAAUUCUACAUUAGGUCGUUCCGUUUCGAAUUUCAAUUUGGACCUUGUGUUAUCGGGCAGGAAAAAUGACGCUGCGCAAAGCGCUGACGCUGUGCUCGGUCUUUUUCCCUGUAAGAUGAAAACUCAAGCAGAUUUUUGGAGCAGUACAAAUAU